AUGCGUACAUACCUCUUCCUCCUUACCUUCCUGGCCACCUUGGGAUUGGCUGCACCCACAUCCACUGAAAGUGAGUAUAUCCCCAAGGAGAGACACAUCCUGCAAAUGAACAGGGCUAACGGAUGCUCUCAAGACACUGCGGUUUCCAGAUCCGCGAUGAUCGCCAGAGAAGAGCAGGGAGCCAACGAAAACCAGGGAAAUAUCAAGUGGAAUAGCAAAGACGUGGUUGUCGCAGAUGGGUUUUAA